UGUAGCCCGCUGUCGGUGUAUGUAACCGCACCAAGGACUCUGCAAUGUGAUUUCUUGACAUUGAUUUGUUUUCAUAUCGUUAACCCGCCGUCUUCAACACAUUAUGUACCAGCUUUCGCCAUGGGGAAACACUAGAAGGUGAAAAACGGAAGAAACCGAGGAAAAAGCCGGGAUGGCGGGCGCCUUUGGCUUCAAAGGCUGCCAGAAAAUUCGAGGUCCGCAGAUUAGAAACCUGCUGGAGGCGAAGGACUUCAUUCUGUUUGACUGCGACGGGGUCAUAUGGCACGGAGAGAAGGCUAUAACCGGCGCAGUGAAGGUGGUGAAUUCGCUCAUACGACACGGUAAAAACGUAGUCUUCGUCACCAACAACUGCACCAGGCCCAGGGAGAAUUAUGUGCACAAGUUCUACCGGCUGGGCUUCACUGACGUGAUGCUGGAACAGAUCUUCAGCUCGUCGUACUGCUCGGCUCUCUACCUGAGAGACGUCGUCAAGGUCCACGGACAGGUGUUCGUCAUCGGCUGCGACGGACUCCGCAGAGAGCUGCAGGAGGCGGGCAUCCCCUGCGUGGAGGAGGCGGACGAUCCGGACGCAACCAUCUAUAACUGUAACCUGGCCCCGGACGUCAAAGCAGUGCUGGUGGGACAUGAUGAUAAACUGACUUUUCUCAAACUGGCUAAAGCCUCGUGCUACCUGAGGGACCCGGACUGUCUGUUCCUGGCCACCGAUAACGACCCCUGGCACCCCCUGUCAGGAGGAAGGAUACUCCCAGGCUCUGGAUCCCUCACCGCAGCCCUGGAGGUGGCCUCUGGCAGGAAGGCCACUGUGAUCGGCAAGCCCAGCCGCUUCAUGUUUGAGUGCAUCUCCAGUCAGUUCAGGGGCGUGGACCCCGCGCAGUGCCUGAUGAUCGGGGACCGCCUAGAGACAGACAUGCUGUUCGGGUCCAACUGCGGCCUGGACACCAUGCUCACCCUCACUGGCGUGUCUCAGAUCGAGGAGGCCCAAGAGUACAGGAACAGCGAGCUGAGCACCAACCACAGCCUGGUGCCCGACUACGUGGUCGACACCAUCGCCGAUUUCUUACCUGCGUUUGAGGAACUGGAGGAACAGAGCAAUUGACGAGUCCUGAACCUCUAAUACAGAGCACAAAUUGCUUCUUCUACAUUAAAAGUGCAAUGUUUAGUCUGCCGUUUGCAAAAAAUGUUCCAGACAGCAAACAAGGACUUUGAAUGCUCCUACAUAUCGAGGCGCUGUUUAUGUUGUGGCCAAGACGUGCGUCCUUGAAGUAAUCGGAUUAAUUCAGUGCAUACCUCAGUGUUUCUUCUAGUGUUGUGCCCAUUUGUGACUUGACAGUAUCUUCUUGCUGUAAGUGAUUCUAUCAAUAUAUGAAUAUACUGCACUUUGGUGUUUGGUAUUAGGUUUCCAACAUCCAGAGGUAUUUUUGUAAAGCCAUGAACUGCUCUGUAACAGCAUUCAUGUGUUUAGCAGCAGGUUGCUUGAUCUUCCGCUAUAAAGGCAGACAUGUACGUACAAAAACGCACAAUUGUUUUCUUAUGUGUUUGCCUGAGUGUGGCUUCUCCUACAUGAAGAGAAGAAAAGAAACACUGUGUGAGCUUAUGUCAGCUCUGGUAGAAACUAAGACGACAAUCUGCCACUCAGACAGGUGAAGUGUUUUCACUUUUAGCCUUUCUGUCACGUCUGUACUACUUGUGCCAAUAUUCAUCAGAGAACAAAACAUCUAACUGAAUCAUGUAGUAAGAAAAGCAGUUACACAUUAAUGGUGGCCGGUCAUACUGCACUGUUGUGAAACUUUAAUGUUGUUAAUGUUUACCAUAUAGAGCAUGCCAGC